AUGCUUAUGGGUCAAAUCCCAAAGAGCUUCAAAAACUGUUCAAGUUUGGUUCGAGUGAGUUUGGCUGAAAACCAAUUGACAGGAAAUGUUUCUGAACUUUUCGGUGCUUAUCCUGAAUUGUUAUUCAUGGAGCUAAGUGCAAAUAGGCUAAGUGGCGAGCUUUCUAGCAACUGGGGUGAAGCAAAGAAGUUGAAUCAGUUAUUGGCAAACAACAAUAUCACAUGUGCCAUUCCUCCUGAAAUUGGAAAUUUGACUCAACUAGGCUUCUUGGAUCUUAGUUCAAACCAUUUAAGUGGGGGGAUUCCUAAAGAACUUGGAAGGUUGAGUUCUUUACUUAAACUGCACUUGCAAAACAACAUGCUCUCUGGGCCUAUACCACAAGAGCUCGGUUCAUUAACCGAGUUUUUGCGACUCGACCUAUCCAAUAAUAGGUUGAACUCGUCAAUCCUGGGCAUGAUUGGGAGUUUCAUGUUACUUAUUUACUUGAAUCUGAGUAACAAUAAUUUGAUUUGUGAAAUCCCCAUUGAGAUAAGUAAAUUAUGUUGUUUCAACUGA